AUGAAGGACCCUGAAUCCUCAACGUGUCCACCAGUGGAAGCAGUCGGCGAAGAAAGUGAAGGGGUAGAUUCCGAUGGAGACGACCACAUGACCAGCCAACUCAGGACGCAUAUCUCUGCCAGCGACUGCGUUGAAGGAAGGAGUCACGAUAUUUCUGUUGGCGACCUCCUCGAGCGUUCCCAUGAGACAGGAACGGCAGGCUCUGAAGAAGGGUGUAGGUUUAGCUCUGACAACACUGCCUUCGAAAACCAAGAACAAUCCGCUGAGGCUUCUGUGGGCACCCCAGGUUCGGGCAUGGCUGUCUCUUAUCCUACUCCUGAUUCAAAAGCGCCAAAUACGCCGAUGCCCGCAAGCAAAAGAGUUAAGAGGUUUGAAGAAAUGACAUCAGGCGGAACUCUUCUUCCAAGUCCUUUGCAGACCCCUGAUCCCGCUAGCCGCUCAUCCGAUCGAACUGCCAAUAAUUGCGAAAGUGGACAGUCACCGGCAAUUCAGCCACCUGUUGAAGACGCCCCUGAUGACACCGAGCAUGAAGGCACUGAAAAUGAAUUUACCGGCGACGAUGUCUUCGCGGAUUUAGAGAUACAGUCCGUCGUAAAUGCGGCGCACAGGUUCCUGCAGGGCGUGUCUUCACCUGAAACGAUCUUCGAAGAUCCGGAAGGAGCAACCGAAGCAUCGUCCCAAAAUAACGAUGUUACCCCUGAAAAUGUACUUGGUACGUUCAGUGGAAGCCCCGCCAGUGCGUCUAUUUCAUCUAGUUCUAUCAGCUUUGAUGAAGUUGAACCAGUGACGUCUCAUGAGGAUGUUGGAAAUUUAGAAGAUGACUAUAGCAACAGCCGCAAACGAAAGCUUGACGUUGCCUCUCUCGAAGCACAUGAUGGCCCAACACCCAGCACUAUGAGUUCUUUAUCAGACGCUCUGUCUGAUGGUGCCCGCUCUGAAUCAGCAGCCUCGUCUUCCUCGCCCGCCGAAGAAGACGAAGACGAAGACGACAUGGACAACCAGGAUUUGGCGCGUCCUGACUCGAGGCAAGCAAGCCCGUUUUCUGAGCAUUUAACCGAGAAAAUGGAUGAAAUUGUGGCCUGCGAGCCUGAUAUUCCGGGUUCAGUAUUUUCAAAGCUCACCUGGCAGCAAGUGGGUGAAGUCCGGCGCAUAGGCGAUCAUCUUCUUUUGCGCAACCUCGCUUGCUUUUUGGGAACUUAUUCUAGGGCUUGGAAGGCCGCUGGUUUCUGGAGCGCCUCCUCCUGGAACACUACGCAAUCAUCAAGUAUUGUCUCACGACCAAAUCGUGCUGGCCUCAUGACCUAUUUGAUGGGUUUACACAACGAUAAUGCCAUACACGAUGUGAAGGUGCGGAUCGCAAGGGUUUCUCUCUUCCUAUUCCUCGAAAGAGAAAUUGAAUGUGAGCGCAGGCGUGGUACUGAGGACUGCUCUGAAACGCAACGCCGUCAGCAACCUCUGCAACUCGAGCGGCCUAGGAUCAGUGGAGAGAAGAAAGCUUCACAAGUCAUUCCAUAA